GUACAAAUAUUUGAGUUGAUGCUGUGCGCAUGCGCAGUUAAGUACGUAUCCUCUCUGGCUGCGGCUGCUGUUGUAAACAAGACGCCUCGAGAUCAGUAAACGAUUUGAUAAGACAACUAGAAGUGGAACACACAUUUUAACUGUUACAUUCUGACAGUGGAGAUGAAAGGACAACCGAAAAGUUCUGAACCUGAUGUCAGUGUUCCAGUCAUUGAAGAAGGGGCAGUUGCUACUGCAGAAGACCCAUCCGCAAUCACAACUAUUCAAUCUGCAUCUACGUUUUCCACGGACCAGCCGAUUAAAUACCUUUUCAAGACGGAGGGAGCUGGGGGGCAGGUAGGGGAGCUGUACCCUCCCUCGGGGCAGGUUACAUACCGAGUAAUUCAGGUUGCAGAUGGACAGCUGGAGGCUCAACCUGAUGGCACAACAGCUGUUAGUGUAGUGACUGGGUUUCCUGCCACAACACAGCCGGUUACGCAGGCUGUUUUCUCUCAGUCAGAAGGCUUGGAGGGAGAUGGCACAGAAACCCAUUACACGUAUUAUCCUGCUACUAUCUCAGAUGCUACUGCAGGCACAAUGGUGACAGGUGUUCAGGCCUCAGAUGCUCUGCUCAGUCAGAGUGCUCCUGCAGGUCAGUUGUAUGUUAUGAUGUCACCACAGGAGGUCCUUACCGGAGCCAACCAGAGGUCUAUUGCACCUCGUACACAAGCUUACAAUGCCAAAUCGGAGGGUCCAAGAACUUCAAGAGAUGAGAAAAGACGAGCUCAGCACAAUGAAGUUGAGCGAAGGCGAAGAGACAAAAUUAAUAACUGGAUUGUUCAGCUCUCAAAAACUAUUCCAGACUGCACCAUCGACUCCACUAAAACUGGACAGAGCAAAGGUGGGAUUCUAUCAAAGGCCUGCGAUUACAUUCAGGAGCUUCGACAAAGUAACAGCCGGUUAGGAGAUGAGCUAAACAGCAUUGAGAGGUUGAGGAUGGAUAACCAGCUGUUACGACAAGAGGUGGAAGACUGGAAAUCUAAGAAUCAGAUAUUGAGGAACCAGCUCCGGCAGCAUGGCAUAGUUGCAGCAGCAAGUGCAGAUCCUCAGUGAAGAAUUUUAGUUGUGUUAUUUUCUUUUGUUUUUAUAUAUCUUGACUUGAACAAUGUAUAAUGCAGGACUUGUGUAAUGCAGUAUUCAAAAUAUUGGUGAUGAUUCUUCAUCAGGAUCUUGCCUUAUGUACAUAUUUCUUUUUCUUUCUUUGUGCACCCCUUCAUAUUUUCAUGUAAUUAAGCAUUCUUUUUGUAUGUGUCAGGACAGGUCAGAGGAAUUUGUUCAUUUUGUACUUUUACAUCUAUUGUUUGUAGAAUAAUAUGUUAACUAUUUGAAUGCGUUUUCAACUAUUUCAUACAUUGAAGAACGAUUUUCAGUUUUAUUUGUCUGAAUGAUAAGCAUGUCAAAUAACUGCCUAAUAAUUAACAGUUCACAACAUGGUAUGGUGUCAUAGUAGAUUUCAUUAUGCAGAGUGAUGAAAUAAAUAGACAACUUUACUCUA